AUGCCCACACCGCCUCCGUCAAACAGACCAUCUCCUUCUCCAACUCUUAGGCCUUCGCCCGAUCCCACUAGGCAACCAACAGAGCCUCCUACCAUGCAUCCAACUAAACCUCCAACAGAAUCUCCAACGCGGAUGCCAGUUCCUUUCCCCACAACGCCUAGUCCAACAACUCAAACUCCAACGGAACGACCAACUCUGCAACCAACUCCUGCACCGACUAACCGACCAACGCAAAGACCCUCUCGCGUUCCAACUCCUGUUCCCACGACACGGCCAACCACAGCACUGCCCACUACAGCCAGGCCAACACCCGUGCCAACACAACAACCAACGACUAUGAGACCCACAAACAGGCCCACACCAGACCCCACAGUGGUCCAAACUUCGUUCAUCACGAGUAGACCUGUCACUGCCAGACCCACAAAUCGACCCACGUCAAAUCCUACUCGACAACCAACUCCCAUGCCCACUAAUACAAAGGCGCCCACGCCAUCCCCUACAGUUGCACCGACAACCAGACGUCCAUCACCAGCACCAACACCAUUGCUUGGUCAGUGCCAAGGAGAUUGCAACGGCUCGGAAGAUUGUCAAGAUGGGCUGGUUUGCUUUCAACGAGAUUUUGGGGAUCCGGCACCACCGGGAUGUUCCGGUGUGGACACGUCUUCCUUUACGGAUUAUUGUAUUCGGAGUGACACGUUGACCCGCAACCCCACCCACAAACCAACAUUGGCUCCUACAGCAAGACCAUCCUUGCAGCCUUCCCGACGCCCUACAGCCUCUCCAUCCAUGGGUCCGUCUGCUGCACCAAGCUUCGUUCCAUCUGCUGCACCAAGCGUGAUUCCAUCGACCCAUCCCAGCUUGCUUCCAUCGAUCCGUCCCAGCUCAGUCCCCUCCGUAAUACCUUCUUCUGAGCCCUCGCUGGGCGUGAUGCAAAUUCCAUCGUCCGUUUCCUUGCCUGGAACAGCGGGACUGCCGUCCCCGUCGGCACAACCCAACAAUGAGAAUUUACAGAGUCCGUCAACAAUGGCACCGUCAUUUGGUGGUCCAAGCGGUAGUGCCCCAGCCACGUCGUCACCAAGUGUAGCCUCGACCUUUCCACUUCGUCAAGCGGAAUUGAAGCUCGCUGUUAUGGUGUUGGAAGUCGUGCCAGCGUUCUUACCAGCGGAUAGUCUGGAGAUUUGGAAAAAUGCCACGGAGAGCGCCAUUACCAACGAAGCGAUUCGGGUGUUGGGCAGUGAUCAAGUUGGUUCGGUCGACGUGCAAGUGGAAGUUCGCUCCCAAAACACGCAAGCUGUUCCCAAGGCACGGCAAGCAGGGACACCAGGGAUCCUGACGAUUGAGUACGAUGUGAAUUUUGCGGUGCAUACCAUUGUGGACGAACUGGAUACGCGGCGCUACGUGGGUGCUGCCUUUGAUUCGGCAGAGGACCAACAAGUCUUUAUCGACGAAUUGAAAUCCAGUGGCGAUCCCAAUUUUGCUGCUUUGACAUCCAUUCGCUCCGAGUUGGACAGCAGUACCGCCAUUGUGGUCAUUCCUGCGGCAUCGAUGGAAGAGCAAGAAAUACCACGCGAUCCGGAGAACAAGGAUGACGGUGAUGAUGAUGAAGGAAUCCACAUUGGGGUUGUGGUGGGGGCUGUCGUGGGAGCCAUUUCGGGCAUUACUCUGGCGGCGUUGCUCUUUUAUGCUCGCGACAAGCGUCAGCGCGGUCAAGGAUCCACAACACGCCUAGACGCAGUGGCUGGACUGGACUUUUUCUCGGUGGAAAGCAUGAGCCACGCCGCCACGCCAAUGGAUCCCACCCGGAGACCGGAAAUUGAACUGCGGGUGGACGAAGAAGUGAGUACCUUGGGUGACCCAUUGCCCGAAAACACCCCCGCAGCCGAUACGUCUCUGGAUGAUACUACGGCCAAUCCCAGUCUCCCCUAUGACUACAAGGUUGCCUGUCGAGAAUUGUACUCGUUGCAAGAAGGCGACUCUCAAGCCAACUAUUCGGAUGUCAGUUCGAAUAUCGAGGAAGGAGACGACGUGGGCGACCUGUCGACAUUGGACGACACCUUGGAUUACCAAUACAAUCCCAGUCCCUUGCGAUCUCCCGAGCAAGUAACGGGAGCCAAAACGUCGGAAGAGUUAUCGUUUUCGGCAGUGUCGUCCAAUGCUACAUGA